AUGGCUUCUGGUAAGAAUAACAUUUCCAUAUCAUCUUUAUUAGAUUCAAGUUCUACGCCUUCAUCACAACCUGCAGGGCAGGCACAAAAACCGACAUCAUCAUCGUCAAAGAGUACUGUUAAUAAUGGUCGAAAACCAAUAGCCAUUCUGGAAAUGGUUUCCAAAUUUCAAACAUCUUUCAAUGCUGGCCCCGUAGAAAGUGAAGUGAUAAUAAUCGAUGACUCUCAAGAGUCCACGUCUUCAGGAGAGGCCGAGUCAAGUUCAACUCAAGUGCCCAAACCCGAACCAAAACCAAAACUAGAACCAAAACUGAAGCCAGUUUCGAAACGUGUAUCACCACCUGUUGCCAAAUCAGCAACAUCCUCAAAACAAUACAAAACAAUCAAACCAAAUGUUCAAAAGGGAAAUACUCCGCCAACGAGAACAGCUAUUUCAACUGACCAGGUUAAAAAAUUUCAAACCAAUUUUCAUUUAAACCCAGUCACCAAUCAAACCUCACCAAGCAAAACAUCAAUCACAUCUAUUAUCAAUAUUGAUGAUGAACCGAUACCUGCACCGGUAUCUACACCAACUUCAGCAAACAACAGUCCCGGGAAUACCAAUACGAAUGCAACGAAAAGAAAGAGAGCAAAUGUUAAAUUAUUUGAUCCCAAAAAACGUCAAGCAGUAUCUUCUAUCACAACGGGAGAAACUACAGCAACCACCAAAAAGAAAAGUCCCGAGAGGCAGGAUAGGUCUGCUAGUCAAGUAAAACUUGCCCAGAAAUCUUCUUCUACUACAACGGGAGGUCUACAAAAAUCACCUUUGCUAGAGAAGAAGGCAGAUAAAACUGCUUCGGGAAAUUCAUCGAGCCUAAAGAAACAGCUGUCGAGUUUAGGUGCUAUAACUGAUAAAAAUGAUUCUCCAGUUCCCGUUAAGUUGUCUGCUCCAUCAGUAAUAGAUCUAUUGAACGAUGAUUCCGAGCCAGAAACAUCUCAAACCGAUGACAAACAAUCAGCGCAAGGGAAUAACAACGAUAAAAAAAUAGAGGGUAACAAAGAACCAAAACAAGAAGAAACUCAAAUUUCUAAAAAAGAGGAAAAGCCAACUCCCAGAGAAAAGGAGAAGGAGAAGGAGAAGCCAGAACCACCAAUAAUUGCAUUAAAUAUUCCAUUAUUGAAUCCUAAAGAUCCACAACCUGGUAAAGCUGAAGUAAUAGUGAAUGUUCUUAAACUUGCCGAAGAAAAAUACGGCUGGGGGAUAAUGCAUCCCAAAUCGAAAUCCGCAAUUGAUGUAAUGGAUGAUAUGAUUGAUGAUGAAGACGAUGACGAUAAUGAAGACGAUGAUGACAUUAUAGAAAUCGUCGAAAAUCAACCACCACCUUCACCAUUACCAUCUCAUCAAAUACAACAAUCAAAGCUGGCCCAAGGAGCCAAUGGGAAUAGUGGUACGUCGCUGAAUCAACAACAGAAAGGGAAAGAAUUGACUGAAGAACAAUUAUACCGUCAACAUGAAGUGAAAAUGAUUAGAAAAGUUGGAAAAUACGAUUUUGAAGACCCGUUUAUUGAUGAUCAAGAAUUACAAAUGGAAGAAGAGAUUUCAUCCACAAAAGAAGGAUUCUUUGUUUAUUGGGGACCAUUGGUAGACGAUAGAAAUUCCAACAAGAAAAAGAAAAGGUAG